CCCUCGUGAGCGCAAAGCGAUUGACAAGCCAGAAUGAAAAUGAGUCGGGCACUUGUGUACCUCUUCAGUGUAAACGGUUCUUUUUGAAGAGACUUUUAAACUUGGAUCAUAUCACCAUGGGAGCUAUUUGUAUUGCACGGGACUUGUGUUUGUUUUUGCUCUUGUUAAAUACUCGUCAAAGCGCUGCGCUUCCUCACAAUCGUGAUGCGGACCAGUGUGCGGAUGGAAGUGAUGGUUGUCAUAUUGACGCAAUUUGCCAAAAUACUCAAGCCUCAUAUAAGUGUACGUGUAAAUCAGGAUUUAAAGGGGACGGUAAACACUGUGAAGACAUCGAUGAAUGCGAUAUUGAGCACAAUGGUGGCUGUGUACAUGAAUGUCACAACAUACCUGGCAAUUAUCGAUGCACUUGCCAUGAUGGAUUCAAUUUAGCGCAUGAUGGACAUAACUGUCUAGAUGUGGACGAAUGUCGCUUCAACAAUGGUGGCUGUCAACACGCGUGUGUCAACACCAUGGGGAGCUAUGAGUGUCGAUGCCAUGAGGGUUUCUUCCUCAGUGACAACCAGCACACCUGCAUACACCGCUCUGUGGAGGGACUGAGCUGUAUGAACAAGGAACAUGGCUGUGCCCACAUCUGCAAGGAGACGCCCAAGGGUGGGGUAGCGUGCGAGUGUCGUCCGGGCUUUGAGCUGGCCAAAAACCAGAGAGGGUGCAUCUUGACUUGUAACCACGGCAACGGGGGUUGCCAGCACACCUGUGAGGACACGGAGCAGGGCCCCAUAUGCAGGUGUCACUCCAGGUACACACUGCACUCCGACGGGAGGUCCUGCAUAGAAAGGGAUGAAGCUUCCAUGGACCCGUCCGAUCACAACGCAACAUCUCUGGCCGAGGUGGACAAGCGGGUGAAGAGACGUCUGCUCAUGGAGACGUGUGCGGUGAACAACGGGGGCUGCGACUGCACCUGCAAGGACACGUCCACCGGGGUUCGCUGCAGCUGCCCCGUGGGCUUUACCCUGCAGCCCGACGGGAAGACGUGCAAAGACAUUAAUGAGUGUGACCUCCACAAUGGUGGAUGUGACCACUUCUGCAGAAACACCAUCGGCAGCUUCGAGUGCAGCUGCCACAAGGGCUUCAAGCUCCUGACGGACGAACGUUCAUGCCAAGAUAUCGACGAGUGUUUCUUUGAGAGGACCUGUGGCCACACGUGUGUCAACUCCCCCGGCAGCUUCCAGUGCAUCUGCAACAAAGGCUACACUCUCUACGGCCUGGCCCAUUGUGGAGACAUAAAUGAGUGCAGCAUGAACAACGGCGGUUGUCAGCACCGCUGUGAGAACACUCUGGGCGGGUUCGAGUGCCACUGCUACCCUGGUUACAAGCUGCACUGGAACAAGAAGGACUGCAUUGAAGCAGAGGGUCUGCCCAUGGUCAAGCCGCCUGCCAAGCCCACGCUGAACUGCGGCAAGCAGGAGGGAGGCGACCGCUGCUUCCUCUCCUGCCAGUCGCAGGUCCACAUCAGCAGCGGAGCUGCGGAUUCCUACACGGUGACCUGUGGAAUGCCUUUGCCCUGCUUCACUGAGGGACAAAGGAACGAGUCGGGGUCGUAUUGCCAAGAUACAUCCCACACCCCAAGGAUCAAAACCACGGCGACCUUCAAGUCUGGCAUGGGAAAGUGCAACCUGAAAAAGAGCCAGGAGAGACUGGAGGAAGGAUUCAAUAACGCUCUCUCAGACAGGAGGUUGCUGAGCACGGAGAACGUGCAGUUCAGUUUUGUGAGUCUGCAUUGCAGCUCGUCCAGCAACAAGCGGCCGCGUACCUCCUCCCAGCAGCACAGCCGCCGGGCCCGAGAGGAGCAGGGCUCCUUUAUCACAGCAGAGUUCGUGCUGGACGUGAACCUGCAGGAGGUAACAGCAGAGGGCUGUGACGUGGCCUGCGCUCGCCGUCGUUCCGAGAAGAGGCUACGCAAGACCAUCCGCACACUGCGCAAGUCCAUCAACCGCGAACAGUUCCACCUGCACUUCGCCGGGUCCGAGUAUGAGAUCGGCAAGAGGGCGUCACGGCCUGUUGAGCUGCAGGAGCACUGUGGCACUGGACAGGUGCUCAGGGACCGCAAGUGUGUGAGCUGUGGUGUUGGCACGUUCUAUGAUGGCGAGCAGGGCAGGUGUGUUCUGUGUGCUGCCGGAACGUACCAAGACGAGGAAGGGCAGGUGUCCUGCGAGCCAUGCCCCGGACCGGAGGGGAGGGCCACCUCUAGAAACGUGGGGGCUCGGAGCCUCUCGGAGUGUGGUGGUCAGUGUUCCCCUGGACAGUACUCCCAUGACGGCUUCCUGCCGUGCUACCCCUGCCCGCUGGGCACCUACCAGCCUGAGGUGGGACGCACCUUCUGCUUCCCCUGCGGAGGAAACCUCAUCACCAAACACAGCGGAGCCGCCUCCUUCCAGAGCUGCGAGACCCGGGUCCAGUGUUCCCCUGGCCACUACUACAACACCAGUACCCACCGCUGCAUCCGCUGCCCCAUGGGCACCUACCAGUCGGACUUUGGCCAGAACUACUGCGUGGCCUGCCCCGGUAGCACCUCCACAGACUUCGAUGGCUCCACCAACAUCAUGCAGUGCAAGAACAGGCAGUGCGGAGGAGAGCUGGGGAAUUAUACAGGCUACAUCGAGUCUCCCAACUACCCGGGGAACUACCCGGCCAACAUCGAGUGCAACUGGACCAUCACCCCGCCCCCCAAGCGCCGCAUCCUCAUUGUGGUGCCCGAGAUCUUCCUCCCCAUCGAGGACGAGUGCGGAGACUACCUAGUCAUGAGGAAAACACACCUGCCCACCUCCAUAACGACGUACGAGACGUGUCAGACGUACGAGCGGCCCAUCGCCUUCACCUCACGCUCCAAGAAGCUCUGGAUCCAGUUCAAGUCCAAUGAGGGCAACAGUGGGAAGGGAUUCCAGGUCCCCUACGUUACAUAUGAUGAGGAUUACCAGGAGCUGAUUGAAGACAUAGUCAGAGAUGGGAGAUUGUACGCCUCUGAGAAUCACCAGGAAAUUCUUAAGGAUAAAAAGCUGAUGAAGGCCCUGUUUGACGUCCUUGCACAUCCUCAAAACUUCUUCAACUACACCGCUCAGGAAUCCAGAGAAAUGUUCCCCAAAUCCUUCAUCCGCUUCCUGCGCUCAAAGGUCCUGCGUUUCUUACGCCCCUAGGAGAAUACCCUGUUUCCUUUCCACCGUCCCCUCUUUGUUGCAAGCUUCCAAAAACUGUGCUUAAUCACUGUUGCAACUUACCAUACACAUGAACUCAAUCUGACACUGUCCAGUCUAAGGUGUUUGAGAUCAGCUGAAUCUGAGGAUAUCAAGGAACAUAUGAGUCUUGCUUUUUUGCCCCUGACAUCUCAUCUUGUCCAUCCAAAGAGAGUCAAACAACGGAGGAAUCUUCUCAGCAAGGACAUUGAGACUUUAAUUUUUCUCCUUUCAUCCAAUGGAAAACAAGGAGUGGACAGAAUAUGAGUUCACUAGUACUUGUCUCAACCCAGGCAAACACUUACAGGACCCAAGGAUCUGCCUGCAGCACACGAAUAGGAUCCUAAUCCCUAUGGACUUAACCCCCAUUUGUUUAAAAGGGUAACUUUGCGCUCUGUACAGGAUAUAGUAUAUGUGUGUUUGAAUUGUCUGAGUUGUCUGCGUUGACAGGUUUUGUUUUGUGGAAGAGUCCAGCAAAUGUACUUUUAUGUAUUCUCUGGCUCUCAACGAGGAAUCCUUUUCAAAGAAAAUAUGACUUGUCAUUCAAAGGGAAGUUCCUGCUCUGGGAUACUGUAUCUGUUUGUGGCGAGAAUGGCGUACGCCUGUAGAACUGAUAGGCGACGGAUUAAACCUGCAGUUUGGAGUUGAAUCACUGUUGCUUAUACAAAUGACAAAAGUAUAUAUGAAAUAUAUGUUUAAUGCAGCGUUUUCUAUGUAUCGGAUCACUAUAAGGGAGAUAGUGACACAGUAAAAAAAAGCAAUUAUUCUUUCGAAUGUUUUGUAUAUUAUGUACAAAAAUGUUAGACCUCGCUCUUGAAUUUGUUUAGGCCCAUGCGUUGUAUAUCAACUAGAUCAUCAUCACAUGUUCAAUCAAUAUUUCUGGUGUUUUGGAUGUCAUAUUACCAGAGGGGUAUUCCAAGAAGCUGGUUCAGUAGUAGUCCAGGACAGGUUAAGUUAACCUUGAGGUAGUGGUAAAUCAUCUAAUACAAGAGUCUUCUCUUAACCCAUUUCAGCCUAAGGCAUCAGCAAAAAAAACGCCUGCUGAAUCCCUUAGCCCUUUUUGGGAAAAGGUGCCCUCUGCCUUUUAAAACCUAAAUAUCUCAGCCUCCGAAGCACAUACAAAUAUGACAUACAUUGAAUUUAAAAGCUAAGACCCUUAUUUGCAUUAGAAUGUGUUCAUUCAGCUCUAACAUACCCACAUUUUUAAUGGGGGAAAAAAACUCACAGCCUGAAUGCAGCAUUUAUGUCGCUCCAGGCGCCAAAGGUCAAACAAUGUAUACGCAGCAUCAGGCUAAAAUGGGUUAACUAAAUAAUGCCAGCAGGCUAUUUUCAGAAUUCGCACGUCCUUUAAGUUAACUCAGACAGGUUUAUCACUUAACCAUGUUCUUGGAAUACCCCUCAAUGCUGUACUCUUUCUGUCAUUGUCAGAGUUGAUACACUUGUGCCAACCAGUAAUAAGACACUUUUCAAACUCAUCAUAGGUGAUAUUCCUGCAAGUAAUAUCAGAACUUUGUAUUCAACAAGUGAGAUUAUCCAUGAGGUUGGUAGAGUAGGGAAUUUCUUGUCAUGUAUUAGAAAGUAAAUUAAUAUCUAUAUUUUUAUGUUUUAUACACUUUAACAUGUAAAUAAAUCAAGUAAUCAAACAUUGUGCUUUUGUAAGAGCAAAUGCUUG